CGUCAGAGGCGGAAGUUCAGAGGUGAAGGUAGGAUAAUGAUGGAUUCCAGUGUAAACAGCGAUUUCGCGUCGCGUCUUCUGUGUCGCGCUCGAUCUGAGGAGAAGUAGCUUCAGCUGUGGCGGUUUUUCUCGACGGAAGAUGCUCGGAUGUCGUCGCCGCUGAUAUUUACAGUCACUCCUGUGAACGCAAAGCGCUGAAGUCAGGACGAUGGUGUCCCUCAGGGGUCUGUGUUUCCUCCUCACUCUGUUUCUGGGCAGUUUCUUCGGCAGCGUCUUCAUGCUGGGUCCGGUUCUGCCGCUCAUGCUGCUCUCGCCCGCCUGGUACCGCUGGGUCACCGACCGCAUCGUGGCCACCUGGCUCACCCUACCGGUGGUACGCCGCUCGGCAUCAUGGGAUACGAUGCUGCAGUACUUCUGCCACAUCAAGGAGCCGCUGCAGCUGCUGCUGUUCCCCGAGGGCACCGACCUCACCGAAAACACCCGCGCCAGGAGCGACGAGUUCGCUGAGAAAAACGGUCUUCCCAAGUACGAGUAUGUUCUUCAUCCUCGCACCACCGGCUUCACCUUCAUCGUCGACACGCUGCGGAAAGGUGAUAACCUGGACGCUGUGCAUGAUAUCACGGUGGCGUAUCCUCAGAACAUCCCUCAGACGGAGCGGCACCUGCUCCUGGGUCUGUUCCCGCGCGAGAUCCACUUCCACGUGCGGCGUUUCUCUGCGGCGUGUCUGCCCUCGAGCGCGGAGCAGCUGCAGCGCUGGUGUCAGGAGCGCUGGCGAGAGAAAGAGCAGCGUCUGUGUGCCUUCUACCGCUCCGAGCCGCGCCGCUUCGACCAGCCCGAGGCCCGCGUGCCGCCCUGUAAGAGCCAGCUGAGAGUGGCGCUGAUCAAAGCUGCGUCGCUGCUGUACUGGAGCGCCUUCAUCACGCUCUGCUGCGCCGGCCUGUGGCUCUGGACCCCCCUCAGACUCUACUUCCUGCUGAUGGUGAUCUUCUUCCUGUGUCAGCAGCGGGUCACGGGUGGAGUGGAGCUGAUGGAGCUGGCCUGUCACCGGCGCUGGAGCGGAGCACAGGUGAAGCAGGACUGAGACACGCCAGGAGAAGAUCACACUAUAAACAUCAUAAACACAGCAUUCAUCACUGCGAACGCCAAUCUCGUCUCUUAACUCUUUCAGCUCUUUGUGUUUCUCGUUUGUUUCCUCCUGUUUUAGUAGCUCGGGUUAUCCACUUACAGCCAUAUUUUAAAGAAUUACGAUAUUUUAUUUGGUGUUCAGUGCUGGCCAAAAUGAUUAGAACACUAGUGUUUCCAGCAGCUGAAACUGGUUUGAAGUCAGUUAUUUCUAUCUUUUGCUGCAGUGUGUCAGCGGACAGACUGAUGAUCAGAUCAGAUCUCUGUGUGCAGCACUAACAUAUAUCUCACUGCAUUAUUACAAUUAACAGAU